CUUAUCUGCUUUUUCUGUCUAAGAUACCACCAUUACGAUUUAGGCUUUUGGGGAAAUGGGAAUUGAAUUGAACGGGCAUUAUGAUGUCGCCCUUGUUCUUUAUGCAUUUUUUGUCUCUCAUGCGUGAAUUCAUUUAUUAGCAGUUAUGUGCAACGUACGGACUGGUGUCGAGGGAGAGAAAGCGAGGAGAAGAGGGAUGUUGUAUGGACUCCUUUGUAGGGAGGGCUGACGAUGUUUUGCUUGGACGUCGUUGUAUGAAGUAAGAAAGGAAGGAGUGUAUGAAUCAGUUUUGUUUUACUACAGCAACGUGGUGCUCUUGUGGGGUUGAAAGCCCGAUUAUUGAUGUUGCUGCAGGAUAUCUACAGACGAGCGGUAUCGUGGAUAUUAUGUAAUCUCGCGCUAGUGGUGUUGGAGUUUGUUUGUUUACUCUGGAUAGUCCCCGUAUCUAUGCUUGGAGUAUAAGGCUACCUGUCAUGAUGAAGCGUGAAUUCUCAACUUGAGAUACUUGAUAUAAUCUCCAAGGUAUCAUCUCUUUUUGUAAACUUGGCUGGUACGGGCGUAUGUUGAGCCCAGGGUCACCAAGACAACGGCUCCACGUAUUAGUGCUUAAAUGGAGACGGACGGAGCUGCAUCUGUGGCUGCAAAACAUGGCUGGACCUGCAUCAUGCUUAAAGUGGCGAAUGCAGUUACUUUAAUUCUAUGUCGCCUUUCAAGACAAGCUGCUUCUCUGCUCUUUUUAAUCGUCGCCAUCUUGUAUCUCACCUGCUGUCUUGGUACGUGCAUGUACCGAUACUUUGUAGAGACGCCCGUCUUCUCGUAUUUCCAGCAGUAGCCAAAAGUCACCUUCCCUCCCUGUGGCCCCACCGCCCGGAAUCCCACCCCCAACUUUUCCUCUUCCCUUUUUCUCCUCUCCUCCCCAGGUUCUCCCUUUGGAAAUCUCGUAUCCACCAGCAAUUCUUGCCUCGUAUCGAAACACCAUCGACGACUGCAUCUCGAAUCCAAGAAGCGGGAAAAAAAGAUUCCUUUUUGAGAGGGCGAAUAGAAGAAGAGAAGCAUCUUUUUUCUUUUCUUUUUCUCUUCCUUUCUGUUCAAUCGUUUCCCCCGACACUCGUUUAUUAUUGUGGGGAGGAGGAGAGACUGUGGCGUCUUGUUUAUUUGGAUCUGGCAGCUGUCGCAUCAAAGGGCAAGGCGAGUCUGAGGAAGAAAAAGGAGGAUAAGGAUACAAAGGGAAAAGGAGGACAGAUGAAAGGACGCUGUUGAUCGAUACCGAUACGACAUCCUCGCUCGUUACGAUUUCUUUGCGCGCUUGCGACACCAACACCACCGACGACAAACCGAUCCGACCUCUCCCUAAACACCAAGGAAUUCCACAAUAGCCCAUCAUGUCGGGCUUUGGCGACUUCACCUCCAUCUGCGAGCACACGCCGCUGCCGCUGUGCGCCUCGGUCGGCCCCGUCCUCUCGUCGUCGGGCCGCGUCGGCAUCGAGCCCAACUGCUACGCGCGCAACAUUGAAGUCGCAAACACAAUCAUCUUCGAGGGCGCCGCGUCCUUUGCCCACAUUGGCGCGCUGGUCAUGACCGUCAUCAUGGUCCUGCACGUGCGCAGCAAGUUCACCGCCGUCGGCCGCAAGGAGAUUCUCAGCUUCUUCUACCUGUACAUGCUCCUGACGUUUAUUUCGCUCGUGGUGGAUGCCGGCGUGGUGCCUGCGGGCAGUGGGCCGUUCCCGUACUUUGCGAGCGUGCAGAACGGCCUGACGAGCGCCGUCGUGACGUGCCUGCUUGUGAAUGGCUUUGUGGGCUUCCAGCUGUACGAGGAUGGCACGCCGCUGUCGGUGUGGAUGCUGUGGCUCUGCUCGCUUGUGGCCUUUGCCAUUUCCUUUUUGGUGUCGUUGGCGACGUUCAAGGGCUGGGCUGGGCUGGGGCCGACGAACACGAUUGGCCUGUUUGUCGUCUUGUACCUGCUCAAUGCGAUUGAGCUGUUUGUGUAUGUGGGCAUGCAGAUUCUACUAGUGGUCCGGACGCUGCAGGAUCGGUGGCCGCUGGGCGACAUUGCGUUUGGCAUCUUCUUUUUCGUGGCGGGACAGGUGAUUCUGUAUGCGUUUAGCUCCAAGAUUUGCGUGGCUGUGAGCCAUUAUCUGGAUGGGCUGUUUUUUGCGACGAUUUGCAAUUUGUUGGCUGUCAUGAUGGUUUACAAGUACUGGGACUCCAUCACCAAAGAAGAUCUCGAGUUCUCUGUCGGCACCCGCAUGAACAACUGGGAGGUUAAGGAACUCCUCGGAGAUGAUGAGCGCCGCGGCACCGUCUAUGCAGAUGAUCCUUAUGCUCAGUCGAGCGGCUACGACAUGCCCUACUCUCCGACCACGAACCGCUACUCAUCCCGACACUAA